AUGGCCGCGGGAGCCCUCUUGCCGUGCCCAGUGCACUGGCUGGAAUUCCUCAAGGCCUCGCACUUUGCGCUGGGGCCCGACCCGCGGCUGCACGCGGACGCCAAGCAGUCCGCGUCGCGCCGGGACUUUCCCGCCUACCGGAACGUUACCCGACGCGCGCUGGGCCGGCCAGAAGCCCCUGUCGGAGACGCACUGGCGUAUGCGCCCCCGUCACCGCUGCUGUCAAGGGAGCGGGAGCGGGAACUGGCACGGGAGCGCACCCUCGCCAUGCAGGCCAGCGACCUGCACGCGCACGCGGACUCCCGCGCCCGCACCGGCCUCUCCCCCGCGCGCGCCCACUGCGGCAGGCCAGCGCUUCCGGAGCGCGCCAGCGAGCGGAUCCGCGGUGCGCGCCUCAUCUUCGACAGCGACUCGGUGCCGUCCCGCGACCGAGCCAAGCUGCCCAUCCCGCCCAGCGCGCACCAGGAGUUCUUCUCGCUCCACGUUUGCCCGAAGCUCCGCGAGCCCUCCUGCCACUUCGGUGACCCUGCGACCUUAGUAUGGGAGCACAGGAGACAGGAUGACAGCGCCUCCUACCAGAGACAGUUCCAGGCCCUUCCAGGCCCACUUGCCUUGACGUGUAAGAGGGCCUCCUCUAGCACAGAACUGGGAGACUUCAAGACUGGCUAUGGGCCCAUGUGUGCAGAGCAGAAACAAGCCUACAGGCCCCAGGUUCUGCCCCCAGACAGGUAUGACAAGGCCCAGGCCUCAGGCCACAUCCACUGUGUGAAUAUUCGACCUGGAGAUGGCCUCUUCCACGACAGGACCACCAAGGGUGAACACUUCUAUGCCUGGGAGCCAGAGCCUUUUGUUCUUCACCACGACCAGACUCCGGAGUCGCACAUCCUGGAAGGAAAUGGGUGCCCUGGUCCGGGCAGCCUCACCACCUCCACGCACUUCGUCCAGGGCCAGCCGCUGCCCGCGACCAAGUCACCCAGCCGCCACGUGCCUCAUGAGAAAUUGCAGAGUCACAUAACCCUAGGGGAGCCGUCGCUGCUCGGACAGUUCUUCCAGACCUCCAUGGGCACAGACUAUUUACCCCCUGGGAUGCAGAAGCCGCCUAAAGCGCUCAACCUCCACUUGCUGCAGAGCAACCUGCCCCAGGGCACAGGCGAUGAGCAUUUUUUAACCAUGAACCAGAAGAUGCUGAAGCCACACAGAAUAGCUCCAGCCUGCAUGACUGAGGAGAUGCUACAGUGGUGCAAGUAUAGCCACUUGGAGCCCCCGCUGGGUAGACAGCUCUUCUACUCAACCCUAAACAAGGAUGAGUUUGCUUUCAAGUACCAGGGCCCAGCAGUGCUGAGACGGGACGACCUCCAGGAGAGUCCUGUGCCCCUGGGCUCCCCUCGCCAGUGGGGCUGUGGGGCUGGGAAGGCGGACCCUCGGGCCCCCCAGACCCCUACCUACCCAUGCCGCAGCCGGCAAUAA